CAGCUGUCAGACACAUGCAGGAUCCACUUCCUGUCUGUUCUCGUUAUCCGCUUGUAGGUGGCGGUGUGGCUGAUGGAGUGGCGAUAACCGCACACCACAGAGGAAAAGCUGCUUUUUUCCUGGAAGAAAACAUCAUACAGACAGCAGCUACUGUGAUGGAGUUUCCCCAGCAUUCCCAGCAGCUUCUGUCAGCUCUAUGUUCCCAACGGCAGCGGGGCUUCCUCUGUGACUGUACCGUCAUGGUGGGCUCCUCCCGUUUCCUGGCUCACCGUGCUGUUUUGGCCUCCUGUUCGCCUUUCUUCCACAUGUUCUACUCAGAUUCUCCAGGGGGCACCGGUGGAAACAACACCAGCAGCUCUGUCACGCUUGACAGUGACAUUGUCACAGCUGCUGCAUUUAGUUUGCUCUUGGACUUUGUUUAUGAAGGCGUGUUAAGGGUGGAGGAGUCUCCACCAGUGGAGGACAUACUGGCAGCUGCCAGCUUUCUGCACAUGAAUGAGGUGGUGAGGGUUUGUAAGAGGCGUCUGCAUAGACGAGGGCCUCUAGCUGAGGCAGACAGUACUCGCUCUGAAGAGGGCUCUGGUGUGAGAAGGGCAGUGGAGACUGGAAACGAAGGGGAGGGGGUUGGUGGAGCAGGGCCUGUGGUGGCCAUGGCAGCAGAUCUCCUAAACCCUGCUGAAGUGGCAGCUCCACUUUCAUCAUUACCCAUAACCAUAACAGCAGAGAGGAGUCAGCUGGACUCAGUGAAGCUGGAGCAGAGAUCUGGUGGGGGGACAUCAGAGACACGAGCUCAGACCCCUCUGAGCCCUGAUCUUGCUGAUACCACCCAACCAGGCAUGGACGUCCCACACGUACCACCAAGUAGUGAGAUGCUGCAGGUCCUGGCCACAGGCCCGUCUGCCCCCACUUCUGGAGGUCACCUCAGGUUGGGGACUGGGGGUCAGUGUGAGAGGACAGCACUUUGUAGCCCCUGCAGCACCACUGAGACAUACAGUCACAGCAGUAACCAGCAGCCCUCCUCCUCUUCCUCUCUGGUACCUGUGAGCCAAGCGGGUGGACCAUCGCUGGUUUUACAUCCUCAUUCACAAUCUAGCAUCUCUCCCAGCCCUAAUCAGGAAACACUAAGACUGUCCCGUGACAACGACUCAAUUAGGAAACACUUGGAGUCAGAGCACAAAGGAAAGUCAGGAGGAGCACAACCAGUGGUUAUGUUAAUCCAUGCACCAGCACUACCGUCACAUGUAAGGUCAAACACAGUGCAGUCACAGCCUCAGCGGACACUUCCCCAAAUCCAGACUGCUUUGUCACUGCAGCACCAAAGCCCAGACUUUCACUUUACUACAAAGACUCAGACUAUUACAGGACUUCAGGCGGAACCAGAGGCCUCGGUAACGCUGCAGGAAGGAAGGUCUCAGCCUCCUGUGGGUAGAGUGAGGACAGGAACCAGAGAUGGAGAGGCUGUGAAAGUCAAGGUAGAAGCCAUUGUUAUAUCUGAUGAAGAACUAGAGGAGGAGAAAGAGGAAAGCAGGGAACCUGUGAUGGAAGUGGACGAUGAGUUUGAAGAUGACAUCCAGGAAGAGGAGCUGAACAGCCCUCAGUAUCUCACCUCCCACUCACAGGGUCUUUUACAAAUGACCUCUCAAUCUAAUGACUACACCUUCCCUCUCUCCCCCUCAUCAUCAUCCGGUGCCGGCCCUUCAUCACAGGACAGCUCCUCUUUUACCUCCUCUCUCAUUCCUCAGUCCACAGCUCAGCAACAAUCGGACAACCCUGGCUUCUUCCAGGACUUCCAGGACUCCCUGGGAAACUUUGUAGAGGAUGUUCCAACAUGUGGCGUCUGCGGAAAGACUUUUUCAUGCACCUACACUUUACGGCGCCACGCCAUCGUUCACACCCGGGAGCGCCCGUAUGAGUGCCGCUACUGCUACCGGAGCUACACACAGUCAGGUGACCUGUACCGGCAUAUCCGCAAGGCCCAUGACCACACACUACCGGCCAAACGCAGCAAGGGAGACAUGGAACAGCCUCUGCCACCACAGCCACCACCACCUCUGAGCUAACACACAAACACUAUCUAUGCUUAUAACAUACACAUAUACAAUCUAUAAACUAAAAAAAAAACUCCCUUAAACUUCACUUCAAACUUUACCAGAAAAAGGUAAAAAAAAAAAACAAAAAACAAAUACCAGUGUAAUUUCUUCACCUUGUUAAAUUUUCAGGAAAUUUGCUUUUAUUUAUAAUCUUAUUUUAUGAUACCUUUGAUUUAACAUGCCUUAAUCUUUGCAUUUGCUUUUUCAGAAUAGUCAUGUUUUUCUUACUGAAUUAAUUUUGCCUUCUCCAGAUUCCAGCCACCUUAACAAGCAGCCUCUGAUUUGGCAACAUCUUGUCUAAAUAAUUUAAUAUGCUAAUAUCUGUAGAAACCCUGUCCUUCUACUGUGGUAAGGACUUUUUUCCGCAAGUAUAGAAAUACAAGAACUCUGUCCACGCACUGUAAACACCAGCGGCAGCCAUGAUAUCAGGCCUCUUUUAUCACACUAGCACAUUUCUUUUUAUGUAUGAUCAUUUUCUCUGAUUUGACCCCAUGAAACUGAUGUGAUAUUUGUGCAACUCUGUGUAAAACAUAGGAGUAAUUGUACAUUUUUGGUUUAUAGUUGUCUAAUAACUAGAGUUGAGACUGAUCUGAUCCAAUACCAGUAUCUCAUGCUGAUACUCAUUUCAUUCACUAAUCAGAUUCCGCCACAGAUUUCAUAAUCUGUUGUGUUUUUAUUGUUAGAUUUUUAUGACUUGAUAUAUAAUAAUGAAAUUUUAAGUCAACGGUUUUUGAUGCUAAGCUUUUUUUUUUUUUUUUAGAAUAAUGGAUUGGAUUUUUGGGCUUGAGGCUUUUCAAGGCACUCAAAGUAUUAUUCAUUUGCUCUCACACACUACAUCUAACUUACACCUGUAGCCACAGCUGCCCUGUGGCAGACUGAUGGAAGCUGGCUGCCAGGCGGCCCCUCUCCCCACCAACAAACACUGAUACACCAGUGUGAGUAACACUGGAAGCAAGGUGGGUGAAGUGUCUUCCCCAAGGACACAACAGCACAUGGCUAGGACAGAGUGAAAUUUGUAACACCAACCCUCUGAUUAUUGGACAAGCUGCUCUACCUCCUGAGCCACAGCCGCCCCAAUUUUGUCUUGUAUGUUCUCAUUUCCCCAUUAUGCUCCUCUAAUCUAGUCUGAAUACCUGGUUAGUCAAAUGUUUUUAUUCCUUCCUCUGUUCUAUGUGCAUCCUCUGAGCCUUGUCGGAGAAUGCAUGUGGAUUCCAGUUAGGGAGGUCAUUCACUUUGCUCUGCCUAAAGACUGCAGCUUAUUAUCCUACAGUUCACUCUACAUUUAUGUUCAAUUUAGUUUUUUCCUCUUUUAAGAUGAAAUGAUGUGUGACUUAGAGUAGCUUCGUGUAACCUUUCACAUUAUACCAGCAAAACUAACAUUUAAGAAAAAAAGCAAUGGUGAGUAUCAAAUUCAGAUGUCAAUAUUGGAGCAGAACUCAAAAAAAAAAAAAAAGCACAUCUCUACUUAGGCUUUUACAGUUUAUAGUAUUUUUAUGGUUAAAAUCGUCACUUUAUAGUUGUAAAAAUGUAAUAAUUAUUUGAGUUGUGACAUCUGUCUUCUAUUGUUGAAUCCAAAUGCCAAUGUUACAGCCCUGUAUCCAAUAAGAGAAUACUAUUGUCAAAUCAAUUGCUUCAGUUUACACCUGCCUUUUCAGUGUACAAAUCCAUGCUAGCAAAGUUUGAUUGUAAAUAUAAUAGCAGUGUCCAGUGUUCAAAAAAAAUGAAGUUACAACUGAAAAAAAAGCUGUUACCUUGGAAUCAAAUAACCCACACAAAAAAUAUCCCUGUCCUUUUCUUUUUCAGAUGUGCCACUUUUUAUAUGAAAUUUAAUUUACUGUAUCAUGUGCUUUUCCUGCAUAACUUGAUCAAUAACAUGUACAUUGUUGAUAAAGUUGCAAAUUAACUGUG